CAUGGUUUUACAUUUGUGGUUUUUAACUAUUAAUAUUUUUGCAAGUAAAAAGCAUCAGACCCCAGUAUGACAUUUAUAAGCACUAAUGUACCUCCUAUGGGAAAAUAUUAGCGAGAAAUGACAAACCGUAUAAAGGAACAAAGUACCAUUAAAUGCUAAGGUUUCCUCUGAUAUAUAUAUAUAUUUCAUAUUAUUUAUAGUGGGGGCCACUACUUGUUAUAAUACAGAGACUCAGUGGGGCAGAGGGAUCUGUUUAAUCUGUGGAUAUGAUUCAUUUAUCAGAACAGUAUGGCAGCUCCUAUAUAUAAAUCAUAUACUGUAAUUAAACACACAUAUUCAGUAUCAAUACCGUUCCCUUGGGCAAGAUAACCUGUGCCAUUGGGUUCCCAUAACAUUUAUAAUGAAAGGCAGUAACCCAUGGCAACCAAUCAAAUUGUUAUAUUCAUCGUUCUACCUGCAGCUGGCUGAAAAGAGGUAAGCACUGAUUGGUUGCUAUGGGUUACUGCCAUGGGCAAAUUUGCCACUGUUGAUAAUGAGCCCCACUGUGUGUCGGGGGAGGGGCUGAUGAAUGUUGGGCCCAUGGAUACUGUCUCCUUCCCUAAUGAGCCCAGCACAUUGCCGGAGGUUGGGGAGAUCUCCUGCACAGUAUAACCCAACUCUUUAUAACUUCAACAGGUUCCCGGGGGGUCAGACUGGAGAGAAUAAGGAUUUACCCAGAGGGAGAUUUUCCCAAUCCCAGAGACCAGCAGGAUACAAGAGAAAAUAAUGCUGCUUCAUAUCAGGAAUUGGCCUGAGAAAGAGCAGCAGAACCUCAGUGCUGGGAGAUAUUGUUUAGUUCCAUAUGGAUCUGACAUGUCCAGGAUGAAGAAGAUCAUAGAAGUUGGAAGGGAAAGUAAAAAUGUUCAGGGGAACCUCAGCCGAACCCAAACUCCCAAUGAAUCUGUCAGAACCCCCAACCAGAAUGAUAGGUUCCAGGUAUCUCAGGAACAUUGUGUUGAUGGAACCUCUUCUGCUCUACAAAUACAAAAGCUACAUAAUACUACUAAUAUACAGGAUAUCAGAAGGCCCAAUAUUUCCAAACUUAAAAAGGCGAAGUCCUCUGUAAAAUCACACAUUGCCAAGAUGUGUCACCAAGGCACAAAAAUGCAUAUUUCCUCUAAAGCCCACAGUGCCGUGAAACCUUUUAUCUGCCCAAAAUGUGAGAGGAGAUUUUGUGACAUCCGGAACCUUCUCACCCACCAGAGAAUCCACACGGGGAGGAGCUUUGUCUGCUCCAAAUGUGGGAAAUGUUUCUCUCACAGAAAGAUCCUCAUUGCUCAUAAAUGGGUUCAUACUGGGAGGAAACCAUUCACCUGCACUGAAUGUGAUAAGGGCUUCUUAUGGAACAGGGACCUUCAGGAACAUAAAAAGAGCCAUAAAAGAAGAAACAAUAGCAGCUAUCUCUUGGCUCACAGGGGAAAGAGACUGAAAGAAGUUAGUACUGACUCUUGUAAAAGAGAGAAGGUGUUUUACUGCAGAGAGUGUGGUAAAAGCUUCAGGCAAAAGUCUAGGCUUGAAAUCCACAUUCAGUGCCACACAGGCGAGAAGCCAUUUGUCUGUGUUCAUUGUGGGAAAGGCUUCAGAGAUAAGUAUAAACUCAGUCUGCAUCUAAGGAUUCACACAGGAGAGAAACCAUUUGUCUGCACUGAGUGUGGGAAAGGCUUUAGGGAUUCGAGCUCUCUGAAAUCUCACCUCCGGAUUCACACAGGAGAGAAACCAUUUGUCUGCACUGAGUGUGGGAAAUGUUUCAGGGAUAAAAGCGAACUGAACAUUCAUAUUAACGUACACACAGGAAAGACUUUCCCCUGUACGGAGUGUGGCAAAUCCUUUGCAGCAAAGAACAAUCUGAAAAGGCACCGAAUGGUUCACACUGGGGAGAAACCACACGAGUGCACAGAGUGUGGGAAACGAUUCAUGGAGAAAAGUAAACUACAGAGACAUUAUCUAAAUCAUACUGGAGUAAAACCAUUCAGCUGCUGUGAGUGUGGAGAACAGUUCAAAUGGAAACACCAGCUCCAGUAUCACCAACUGAGUCACACCGGGGAGAGGCCAUUUGUCUGUACUGAGUGUGGGAAGAGCUACAAGAGUAAGGAUACACUCACUGCGCACUGUCUUAUUCACACUGGGGAGAAACCAUUUGUGUGCCCUGAGUGUGGGAAACCAUAUAAGAGCUACAGUGCACUGAGGUACCACCUCCAGACUCACAUUAGAUGAUAGUAUCUUGCUAGUAUCCCACAUCUCAACGUUCCUGAGCUAUCCCUCAUCUCAACGUUCCUGAGCUAUCCCUCAUCUCAACGUUCCUGAGCUAUCCCUCAUCUCAACGUUCCUGAGCUAUCCCACAUCUCAACGUUCCCGAGCCAUCCUACAUCUCAACGUUCCUGAGCUAUCCCACAUCUCAACAUUCCUGAGCUAUCCCUCAUCUCAACGUUCCUGAGCUAUCCCACAUCUCAACGUUCCUGGGCUAUCCCACAUCACAACGUUCCUGAGCUAUCCCUCAUCUCAACGUUCUUGAGCUAUCCCUCAUCUCAACGUUCCUGAGCUAUCCUACAUCUCAACGUUCCUGAGUUAUCCUACAUCUCAACGUUCCUGAGCUAUCCCACCUGCCCUCAUCAGUGGCAGCCAUAUUCAGUGCAUUUGCUGCUUAAGUGAAUGGGAAUCCAAGACAAAUGAAGAAGAGGGUUUUGACUGAGGUCCUUUCUGAGAGCAGCACAAAUGCUCUAAAGGUGUAAUUGGCUAAACCAAAUACUGUUACACAUUUUGUUUUAUGAGUUCAUGAACACUAUAUACAAAUACUGCAAGAGGAAUGCAUAGAGAAACAUAGGGGCAAAUGUAAUCAGGGAAGAUGGGUCGUUAUUCUGGUUAAGAUUUCUAGUUUUCUGUAGUCACCAACCAGUCUGUUUUGGAAGCAGAAGGCAAAAAGACAGAAAUACACAUAAUCAAUGUUGUUAUCUUUCCCCAACAAGAACCUUAUUAUUUAACAAGGCUCAAAAGGGUCUUCAGCAUAAAAGACGCUUGUUUAUUAAUUAAUAUAAUACAAAGCCUUGUCAGCAA